UUGCUGCUCGUGCUGGCGCAGCUGUCCCCGGCUCGCGGCCACCGCACCACGGGCCCCAGGUUUCUAAUAAGUGACCGGGACCCUCAGUGCAACCUCCACUGCUCCAGGACUCAGCCCAAACCCAUCUGCGCCUCUGAUGGCAGGUCGUAUGAGUCCACGUGUGAGUACCAGCAAGCCAAGUGCCGAGACCCCACCCUGAGUGUGGUCCAUCGAGGUCGAUGCAAAGAUGCUGGCCAGAGCAAGUGUCGCCUGGAGCGGGCCCAAGCCCUGGAGCAGGCCAAGAAGCCUCAGGAAGCAGUGUUUGUCCCAGAGUGUGGUGAGGAUGGCUCCUUUACCCAGGUGCAGUGCCACACCUACACAGGGUACUGCUGGUGUGUCACCCCGGAUGGGAAGCCUAUCAGCGGGUCUUCUGUGCAGAACAAAACUCCUGUAUGUUCAGGUUCAGUCACCGACAAGCCCUCGAGCCAGGUUAACUCAGGAAAGAAAGUCUCUUUUCGUUUCUUUUUAACCCUCAAUUCAGAUGAUGGGUCGAAACCGACGCCCACGAUGGAGACCCAGCCGGUGUUCGAUGGGGACGAAAUCACAGCACCCACUCUAUGGAUUAAGCAUUUGGUAAUCAAGGACUCCAAACUGAACAACACAAAUGUGAGAAAUUCAGAGAAAGUGCACUCAUGUGACCAGGAAAGGCAGAGCGCCCUGGAAGAGGCCCGGCAGAAUCCCCGUGAGGGCAUUGUCAUCCCCGAGUGUGCCCCUGGGGGGCUCUACAAGCCAGUGCAGUGCCACCAGUCCACUGGCUACUGCUGGUGUGUGCUGGUGGACACGGGGCGCCCGCUGCCUGGGACCUCCACACGCUACGUGAUGCCCAGCUGUGAGAGUGAUGCCAGAGCCAAGAGCACAGAGGUGGAGGAUCCCUUCAAGGACCGGGAGCUGCCAGGCUGUCCAGAGGGGAAGAAACUGGAGUUCAUCACCAGCCUCCUGGAUGCUCUCACCACCGACAUGGUUCAGGCCAUUAACUCGGCAGCGCCCACUGGAGGUGGGAGGUUCUCAGAGCCAGACCCCAGCCACACCCUGGAGGAGCGCGUGGUACACUGGUACUUCAGCCAGCUGGACAGCAACAGCAGCAGCGACAUCAACAAGCGGGAGAUGAAGCCCUUUAAGCGCUAUGUGAAAAAGAAAGCCAAGCCCAAGAAAUGCGCCCGACGUUUCACCGACUACUGUGACCUGAACAAGGACAAGGUCAUCUCCCUGCCUGAGCUGAAGGGCUGCCUGGGCGUCAGCAAAGAAGGUGGUAGCCUUGGCAGCUUCCCCCAGGGAAAACGAGCAGGCACGAACCCGUUCAUAGGACGUCUCGUCUAAGGACCAGAAAAUCGAAGGGCAGUAGAAAGUCCAAGGACACGGGAUGGACCGUCAGACACCCAGCCUUCCGUGCUGCCCGUGGCCCAGCAAUCCCCUGUAACAUAAGUGGUGCCUACCGUGUUUGCACUUUUAGUAACUCUGCUUUGUGUGUUUUGUUUCUGGUUUCGUUUGUGAACACCAAUAUCUAACAGCACAGUGGGAAAAGGAAAGGAAAGAAAGACUGUUUGUUCUCUCUCGUAUUUGUAAGGUUUUGGAUCUGCUACUGACAACUUUUAGGUUAUUUGUGGGGAGGGGUAUUGGUGGGAUGGAGAAGAAAGAGAUUUAUAUACUGUAUAUAAAUAUAUAUGUAAAUUGUAUAGUUCUUCUGUA